AUGCUGCUGAAGCUCUUGCUGUUGCUCUGUGCUCAGCGCUGUGAACCGACAGAGCUGUUUUUGACAGUCAGCCCUUCUCAGCCCGUAGAGGGGAACUCAAUGACCCUGACCUGCAGGGUCCCGGCUUCCCAGCCCCCUCUGCAGAAGGUAGGAGUCCAGCACCAGUUCUGCUUCUUCAAAGACGUGUCCGUCCUGCGGCCGAGCUGGACCGACUCCCCGGAGCUCCGGGUCCCUGCCCUGACGCGGGCACAUUCGGGCUCCUACUGGUGUGCAGCUCGGACUGCUGAAGCACUGAAGACCGUCCGGAGCAGGAGAGUCCAGAUCCACGUGCGGAGAGUCCCCGUCCACGCCGUGAGCCUGGACACGCGGCCUCCGGGGGGCCGCGUGAUGGAGGGGGAGACGCUGGUGCUGGUCUGCGUGGCCGCUGGGGGCACAGGAGACAUCACCUUCCGCUGGUACAGGGGGGCCCUGGGCUCCCCACUGGGAGAGAAGACCCAGCCCUCCCUGGCCGCCGAGCUUGAGGUCCCAGCGGGGAGAGGAGGCGAGGAGACCUUUUACUGUACGGCGGACAACGGCCACGGCCCCAGCCUCAGCGGGCUGGUGAGCAUCGCCGUGGGAAUUCCAGUGUCUCAGCCUGUCCUCACCGUCAAGGCCCCGGGGGCCGAGCCGGCGGCGGGGGAGGCGGUGGAGCUGCACUGCGAGGCUGCGAGGGGCUCUCCCCCGAUCCUGUACCUGUUCUACCACGGGGACGUCCCCCUGGGGAGCCGCUCGGCCCCCUUCGGAGGGGGAGCAUCCUUCAACCUCUCCCUGACCGCAGACCACUCCGGGAACUACUCCUGCGAGGCCGACAACGGCCAGGGGCCCCGGCGCAGCGAGGUGGUGCCCCUCCACCUCACAGUGCCCGCGGAGGACGGAGAGAAUCUUCCUCCAGCCAUCCUUGAGGGGCUGCUCGGCAGCCUUGGUCUCACCGCCGUGGCCCUGAUAGUUUGCUGUUGGCUCAAGAGAAGAGCAGGAAGACGCUCAGCCAGGGAUCCACCCAGGAGCCCUCCCAGCCCCGUGCUUCGAGAAUCCACAUACCUGAACUCAGCAGCGCCAGUGCAGCAGCAGCCCAUCUACGAAAACGUGAAUGUUGUCAGCGGAGGUGAGGUUUACUCCCUGGUGUACCACACGCAACAGGAGCGGCAAUCGGCAGCCGCUCCAUCCCUGAGGACACGGGUGCAGGGCACGGACCCCUCGGCCAUCUACUCCAGAGUGAAUACCACAAGCACUACUGAUGACGACUAUGAAGAUGCCAUGUAA